ACCGGAGCCCCCGCACCCCACGCGCCUAUUCUAUAACAGGAGCCCCCUCGCCGCCCCGCCGCAGGGGAUCGCCGUGCACUCGCCGCCGCUUCCAGCCGCUCCCCCUCACCCUCCGCAAAGCCCAUAGACAAGUUGAUCUCAUGUAUUCAGGAAGAACAGUGGCAUCCAGAGUUUCCUGUUCAUCGGGAAACAACGGAAGCUUCCCACCCUGCCUUCGCCCGGGAUUCCUGGGAUUUCCUGUUGUCUCUGUGAACUUCCACUUGUUCAAGGCCAUUGUUCGCAGCCCUGCAUCUUCCGUUGUCUUGGGUAUUUGUGGAAGGAGCCUCCCUUAGACAGAGCUGCCCCAUAGAAUUGGUAGAGGGAAGUGGCACAGCUACUGUUAGCUGAAAUCAAGAUUAUAGAUUGUUGAAUCUUGGUUCCUGAAGAUGGUUUCCUCAGAGAUGCCUUCUGUUACAACAGCCCACACACAACGCCCCAAGCUCUUUACAGGGAUGAUACUUCUGCCAAAAGGGCCUCCUGAUGUUGUCCUUCCUGAAAAUGUUGAGUUCGAUUUUAACGAUGUUUUUGGUGCUACGGCGGUCCAUACCCCCACAGAAGUAAGCAUCCUCACUCCAGGCAGCCCUGCACCUUUGGCCGAGUCGAAUGAGGAGGUUUACAACGACCCUGUAGUCAUUACCAAGCGAUCUCAUUCUCUUGUUGGCCCAACUUCACUUGUUAGCCAAUCCUUGCCACUUAGUAAGCUUACUCUACAUGAGUCAGAGAGCUCAUUAGAUCUGCUAGAGUGUCUUUCUAAAGAAAAGAAAAGUGAGCAGGGGGGUCUUAAUGAUGAAGAGCUCAAUAAUACAACAAAGGAGAAUGAGGCUGUUGGACUCGACGACUUUGAACUCUUAAAGCUUGUUGGCCAAGGAGCAUUUGGCAAAGUCUAUCAGGUGAGAAGGAAAUGUACUUCAGAAAUAUAUGCAAUGAAAGUCAUGAGGAAAGACAAGAUUUUGGAGAAGAACCAUGCUGAGUACAUGAAAGCAGAGAGAGAUAUACUGACAAAAGUUGAUCAUCCUUUUGUGGUGCAGCUGAGGUACUCCUUUCAGACUAAGUACCGACUUUAUCUAGUCUUGGACUUUGUAAAUGGGGGGCACCUCUUCUUCCAGCUUUACCAACAAGGCUUGUUUAGGGAGGAGCUUGCACGCCUCUAUACUGCUGAGAUUGUAUCUGCUGUAGCCCACCUUCAUGCCAAUGGGAUUAUGCAUAGAGAUCUGAAGCCUGAGAACAUCUUAUUGGAUGCUCAUGGCCAUGCCAUGCUAACUGAUUUUGGCCUGGCAAAGGAGUUUGAUGAGAACACUAGAUCAAAUUCAAUGUGCGGCACUGUGGAGUAUAUGGCCCCAGAAAUUGUUCAGGGCAGAGGUCAUGAUAAGGCCGCAGACUGGUGGAGUGUGGGGAUCCUUCUUUUUGAAAUGCUUACAGGCAAGCCCCCAUUUUUUGGUGGAAACAGGGACAAGAUUCAGCAGAAGAUAGUGAAGGAGAAGAUGAAGCUUCCGACUUAUUUGUCUAGUGAGGUUCACUCUUUGCUGAAAGGGCUACUGCACAAAGAAGCUGGCAGGCGACUGGGAAGUGGACCGGGCGGCAGUGACGAAAUAAAAAACCACAAGUGGUUCAAGGCAGUGAACUGGAAGAAACUAGAGGCUCGGCAGAUCCAGCCAAGCUUCUGCCCAAAUGUUGCUGGCCAGACCUGCAUUGCAAACUUUGACGAGUGCUGGACAAGUAUGCCCGUGCUGGACUCUCCCGUGGCCAGCCCUGUCGCUGCAGAUAGCAACUUCGUGGGGUUCAGUUACGUGCGGCCGGAGCCAUUCCUUCAAAGGCCGAGUCCUCUAGCCUGAAGAUUAUUUUAUAGUUGUGGUAUCUAAGAGAUCUAUCUUAUCUUUGCUCAACACAGUAAGAUGAACCUGCUGUUGUGCUUGUUUUAGUCAUUUCACCCAAGAGGAGGCAGAUGGGGCUUGGGACUUAGGAGUGACAUUGUGGCAAUCCGUCUUGUUUCUUGUUACUCUUUAGUUACAUCUCAUUAAUUGCUCCCUCCAUCUAGAAUUAGUUGUCUUAGAUUUGUCUAGAUACGGAUGUAUCUAGACAUGACAACUAACUUGGGAUGGAGGUAAUACUUUUCAUCGA